CCGGAGGGCUCGAUGGCUGUGUCAGCGAGCGCCGGAGGGAGAGGAGAGGUGGGCACUGCGGGGAGGGACGCGGAUCAGGUGAGAGCUGGAGGGAUGACCUUUAGGGUUGCGGUGGACGGGGACACCGAGGUGGCGGGCGCAAUAAGAAAGCAGGGGACUGUCGCCCAGGUGAUGAGAUCCGAGGCCCGGGAGAUGGGGAGGUAGUACGGUGUUUGGAGGGUUGACACUGAGGAUUAAAAAAAUGGACUCCGAAGGGUUAAUCCCAUUCCCUGAAAUUGGAGAUUGGGGAUCUAGCUCUCAAUCGUCGUCCUCCGUGUGUGAUGUGACUAAAAAGGAUUUGAUAUGCUGGUGACUGAGAAAUAAGAACUCCAGCAUUGGUUCUGGGUCCGCCUGGUGCCCAGCGGAGCGGCUGGCGUGUGAUACCUGCCGGGUGACAGCACAGAUUCCAGGCUGGGUGCGGCUCUCACCCCUGGAUAGGGCGGGUGCCUGAGCGACCUCGGGAGUUACCCGCGGCUGGGACUUUCCCUUCAAUUCCUGCACUGUGAGGGCCUCUCAGAGGUGUUUACUUUGGCAGCGACCCUUCCUGGUAAGCCUCGUGGAAAUGAGCAGGAGGUCAUGUUUCCACAGUGUUCGUUACCUAAUCCAAAGCCCUUUUUCAGUUGCAGAGGUUGGAGGGAGCGGUGGGUUUUUUUCUGCAGAGAGCCGGUCCUGGGAGUCCAUUUUAAUAGGGAAGGGUGGGGGUGACCCCGACCGACCAGCUCUUGACUGCAGGCUCCCGUUUGCUUCUAGGUGAUGUGCAGCAGUCUUGGCUGAGCAUCUCUGCCUCUUUUAGCUUCAGUUUCCUCAUCUGUAAAUAGGGACGCAAAUUAGUGUUCUCUCCGUGGCCUCUGUUGUCGGAAAAAUUAAACAAAAUGAUGGCUGGCAAAGCACUUUAAAAAUGGGAAAAUAUUACUGAAAUACUGCUUUGGGGCAUUUUCAAAGCCCUCUGCACUUGAUGCUGUGUUUUGAAGGAGAGAGAGAGGGAGAAAAAAUGUCUUCAUUUGAGUGUCCUGUAAAGAAACAAAAGCUAAACAUGAUGAGAAAGGCGGAGCCAUCUUACCCGGUAUUGAAUUUUUGUUUGCUUUUCUGUUGGCAACAAGCCUUGUGUACCAGGAUAUUAAUGAAUAAUUAAAAUCCUGGCCGGAAGAGGAGGUGCAUUUGAAAGAUAAGGCUGCAUGAUCUAUCUAGGGAAACUGUUUCAGGUAUAGGGGGUCUGCUUUGUCAGGAGACAGGAAAACAGAAGUCAGAUUGUCACAGCUAAUUCAGGGAAAGCAAAAUGGAAGUCUGGAGGAAAUCAAGUAAUAAUCAGAGUGUGCUGCGAGUUAUAAAGAGCCUUUGAGAGAGCUGAAAGCUUGAAUGUGCUAGGAAAAGCCAGAAUGGCAAGGAGCUGAGAGUCCAGCGUCAUGAGAAGGAGAUUGCCCGAAGCCGGAUUCCCCGCUUGAUUCUUCGGCCCCAUCUGCCUCAGCAACAGCACAAGGUGUCCCCAGCCUCUGAGUCUCCUUUCUCGGAGGAAGAGAGCAGAGAGUUCAACCCCAGCAGCUCUGGGCGCUCAGCGAGGACCGUGAGCAGCAACAGCUUCUGCUCAGAUGACACAGGCUGCCCUAGUAGCCAGUCAGUAUCGCCUGUGAAGACGCCCUCGGAUGCUGGGAACAGCCCCAUUGGCUUUUGCCCUGGAAGUGAUGAAGACUUUACCAGAAAGAAAUGCACAAUUGGAAUGGUUGGUGAGGGAAGCCUCCAAUCAGUGCGACACAAGAAGGAACCGAAGUCAGGCCUUGUAAAGCCAGGUAGUGAAGCCGAUUUUAGCUCCUCGAGCAGCACCGGCAGCAUCUCGGCUCCUGAGGUCCCCAUGUCUGCCACCGGGAGCAAGCGGUCCUCUUUCUCACGCAAUCGAGGUCCCCAUGGGCGGAGCAAUGGAGCUUCGUCCUACAAGUCUGGCAACAGCCCACCCUCCCCACGGGAGAAAGACCUUCUGGCCAUGCUCUGCAGGAACCAGCUGAGCCCGGUUAACAUCCACCCCAGUUAUGCGCCUUCUUCCCCGAGCAGCAGCAACUCGGGCUCGUACAAAGGAAGCGACUGUAGCCCUGUCAUGAGGCGGUCUGGAAGGUACAUGUCCUGUGGUGAAAACCAUGGUGUCAAACCCCCAAAUCCUGAGCAGUACUUGACUCCUCUGCAGCAGAAGGAGGUUACGGUGAGACACCUGAAGACCAAGCUCAAGGAGUCUGAGCGCCGUCUGCAUGAGAGGGAGAGUGAGAUCGUGGAGCUGAAGUCCCAGCUGGCCCGAAUGCGUGAGGACUGGAUUGAGGAAGAGUGCCAUCGGGUGGAGGCCCAGCUGGCCCUCAAGGAGGCCCGGAAGGAGAUCAAGCAACUCAAACAGGUCAUCGAAACGAUGCGGAGCAGCCUGGCCGAUAAAGACAAAGGCAUUCAGAAAUAUUUUGUGGACAUCAACAUUCAGAACAAGAAGCUGGAGUCGCUCCUCCAGAGCAUGGAGAUGGCGCACAGCGGCUCGCUGAGGGAUGAGCUGUGCCUCGACUUCCCCUGUGAGUCCCCGGAGAAGGGCUUAGUCCUCGGCGCGGCCUUGGGGCCGUCGGAGGAUGCUCUGUCCCCAGAGGAGCCGGCCACGGAAGAAGGGGCCGACAGCGAGUUGCUGGGGGCAGACGGCGCGGCCCCCGGCGAGGAUGUGUUGGAGGAGCUGGUGACAGGCGCCAUCCCGGAGCCGGAGCUGCCGGGCGCCGAGGUCCUGGCGCUGGGCGGCGAGGCGGCGGCGGUGGGCCGCCGAGGGCGCCGCGCGGUGGCGGAGCGGGCGGUGCAGACCGACGUGGUGCCCUACAGCCCGGCCUUCUCCGAGCUUCUCCGGCACGUGCUCCGGCUGCAGGAUCCCUGGCCCUCCUCCAGCGCCGCGACCCCCGACGAGGAGUCCGGGGACGACUCGACCGAAAGCUUCCCGGAACCCAUCUCCGCCUUCGUGGUCGAUUUAACUCCCCGGAAUCCAAACUCGGCCAUCCUUUUGUCUCCCGUGGAGACCCCGUCCCCCGCGGCGGGUCCCGUGGCGCGUGGGAACCGCCUCAUGAGAGAGCUGGACUUUGCCGGCUGGGAGGCGGCGGCGGAGGAGGAGGAGGUGAGGCUGGACGGCCCGGGCCCCCUGGCCCGCGCAGGGGGCAUCGCCGGGCGCUACUGGAGCCGCAGCUUCCUGGUGGAUCUGCUGGCCGUGGGGGCCCCCGUGGUCCCCACCGUGCUGUGGGCGUUCAGUACUCAGAGGGGGGGCACGGAUCCCCUGUACAACAUCGGGGCCCUGCUACGGGGCUGCUGCCUGGUGGCCCUGCACUCACUCCGCCGCACCACCGAGCACAUCAAAACCUAAACAGACGAUGUGGCUUCGGUGGGGUGGGCCCGCCUGCCCCCACCCCGUGUGGCACGGUGCCCGGUGGAGAAGCCGCAGGGUCGACCGGUGGCGGGCCUGGUUCUGUCGUUCUUUGCUCCUCGGUAUUUGAUUUGCACUAUAUUUAGUUGAAAGCCUGUUCCCUGUUGAAAACCGGAGGUAUCUUCAAAGGCAUGGAGACCUGGUUCCAGUCAAUGUCCCACCGGUGUGAUAGAGAAAGCAUGUUUGUGACCCUGCCCUUGUCGUCCGAGGUACCCCUGCUUAUUAUCCUAGUGGUUCAGGAAGAGAAAAUGCAGAGUUUGCACUUUCAAGACAGCUUCUGUAAGGCUGGCAUGUUAUCUCCUUGCUUUGCUUUGUCCCGUUUUUCAAAAAUGUGUAAUUGUUAACAGCAUUCCAAUGGUCUUGUGCAUAGCAGGGGACUGUAACCAAAAAUAAAAAUGUAUUUGUGUAAUGGGUUGGAAGAAGUCUUGAAUAGCUCUUUAGUGUCUUACUUGGGGUUGAUAAGGUUUGAGUGUUUGCAGUUUUUUUUAACUAAAUGUAGCUCCAGAGUCUGAAAUGGCUUGUGUGUUCCUAAACCUGGUAAUUGAUGAAACUGUAUGUAAGGUUUACAUUGUAUUAACUUAUUUUUUGCUUAUUAUAUAUAGUGUUUUGUUGAAAAUCAUUUGUAACCACACACUUCAGCAUGAUGAAAAUAGAGAUUAGUGUUUCCAUUGAAAUAAAUGUUCUAUCCUCCUAUAAAA